AGAGUAAAAACAAAUAUGGCGGCGCCCAUGAUCCUAUCGUCACCAGUUUUCGUCCUCGGAUUCACGUGCAUAUUUGUCGUGAUCUGCUUUUGUAGGUUGUUAUAUGUCACAAAUAAUCUCGGAAAAGUCAAAGCAAAACAUCGGCAUAAAGUAAAAACUUUGAUCGUCGCAGGUUCAGGUGGCCACACCACUGAAGUCAUCCGUCUCCUAGGUAGCAUGUCAAAUGUCUAUUCUCCACGAGUCUAUGUUUAUGCCAAUACAGACAAAAUGAGUGAGGAUAAAAUCCGGACGUUUGAAGAGAACAAGACGACAGAAGGAGAGAGCAGUGAGUACAUAAUAGAGAAGAUUCCUAGGAGCAGAGAGGUUCGGCAGUCCUAUCUCACCAGCAUUGUCUCAACUCUUUAUGCCACCUUGUUUGCCUUCUUCAUCGUAUUCAAACAUUCUCCAGAUUUGCUACUUGUGAAUGGUCCUGGAACCUGUAUACCACUGUGUGCUGCAGCAUUUGUUAUGAGGUUGCUUGGUGUAAAGCCUGUUGUUCAAGUCUAUGUAGAGAGUAUCUGCAGGGUUCAACAUCUCUCUCUGUCGGGUCUCAUAAUGUACUACUUUGCUGAUCACCUUAUCGUCCAGUGGCCUUCACUCAAGGAAAAAUACCCAAAGGCAUUGUAUCUAGGCAGGGUAGUCUAAUAAAACUGUAGUAACAUAUACAUAUGUAUUAGCAGCAAUAAUAAAAUGAUUAUAGCGGUGUGGGCUUUGCAGUGUACACACCAUUGAAAGAUGCUUAUGACGAAACUCAGCAACUUCUUUUAUUUAUUAAAUAGCUAUAUAUUUGUAAAAACCUGCAAAUGAAGCAAAAGCUAAAAAAUGCAAAUAUUAAAAACAUUUGCUAGUAUUACAAUAAGAAGCCACGUUGCAUUAAAAGAAAGAUCACUGCAAAUUUGUCCUUAAGCUAGAUAUUACAGAAACAUUGAUAAAGUUGAAAAGCCUGAUGCUGUAAACUUCCUCUUUUUAAUCAGAUAUAAAAUAGUAAAGUUUUUUUUUUGUAACCUCAAAAACAUCCUGGUGGGUGUUUCAUGAAGCUAUUUGUAAAGUCACGCACGACUGGAACAUAUUCUUAGGUCGUAAAUCAAUUACAUUGGGCUAUAUCACAUAGCACUUGAAAGGAUCACCAGUCGUGCGUAAAGUCAUCGUAUCUUACAAACAGCUUUAUUGAACAUCCACUUGUUCAGUAUGAGGGAAUUGAAGGAAUUGAUGACAUUACCUUCUCAAUAUAGAUUUCCUAUUUUAUAAUUUUUUUUUAUGUGUUCCUCAUUAUAAUCUAAAACAAGGAUUGAUUCCUCCAGACUUGCCUUUGUUUUAACAGAUUGCAAUUUAUUUAAGAGCUUCAUUUUUGUUGAGAAACAACAAUUGGAGUAUUCCAUAUUUGAUAUAAUGAAUAACAAAUGAGUGUUUGAUAUCAUCAUUUUCAUCAUUUGCAUACCACUCAUGAUGUACAUAUCAUCGGUUUUUG